AAUGGAGACACAAUAAGGGUUACGGAAUAAUUAUGACAAUUCAAGUUUUUGGGAGCCCAAAUAUUUCCUAAUGGCUAUGAUCUUUUGCUUUUUAAUCUAUUUUUUUUUGAAGAAUAAUAACAAAAGAGAACCUAUUAAGGUAUUUUGUUUUUGAAUUUAAAUAAGGAUAGAGUAUGGAGGAAAUUUGCUUUUUCAUAUUAAGAGAUGAUGAAUUAAUUUGAUAAUUCUGAGAAGGAACUUCUUAAGCAUACUUUUCAUAAUACUAUUUUUAAUACAAAACCUUCUCUAGUAACUAAUGAUACAAGAAAACCAAGCAAAAAGACAUGCAAUGUAUCUUUUGAUUUAGAUAAAAAUGUUACUCAUAUGUUUUAAUAAAAUGGAUAUUGA